CUAAGAUCUUUAAUUUGUAAACAAACUCUUUUUCCACGCUGCUAGAUUCAAGCUCCAUGGGUUCACUGCCAAACCUACAAAACAUUUCAUCAAAUCAUGAUGAAGAAGAGAACUGCUUGCAAGCCAUGUACUUAGCUUCAGUAACCACACUUCCUUUUGCUUUGAAAGUUGCCAUUGAUCUUGACUUGUUGGAGAUCAUAGCCAAAGCUAGUACUCCUAGUCGUAUGCUCUCACCUGUUGAGAUUGCCUCUCAGCUUUCUACCAAUAACCCAGAUGCCCCAUCCAUAGUUGACCGAAUUCUGAGACUUCUCGCCAGUCACUCUUUUUUAACAUGCAAUGUUGUCACUGGUGAAGAUGGACGUACCCAGAGAUUAUAUGGCCUAGCACCCAUAGGCAAAUAUUUUCUUCAAAAUGAGGAUGGAAUUUCCUUUGCUCCAGAGCUAGCUAUCUAUCUUGAUAAACAUAUUAUCGAAUGUUGGAAAUUCAUGAAAGAUGUAACAUUAGAGGGUGGCUUCUCAUCCGUCAAAGCAUUUGGGAUGCACUGGUUUGAGUUGCUGGGAAAAGAUAGUGAACUGUCUGGCACGUUCAACACAGCAAUGUCCAAGAUCACCCAUCUGAUCAUGAACAAAAUUUUAGAAACUUACAAGGGAUUUGAGAGUAUAAGCCAAGUGGUAGACGUGGGAGGUGGAUGGGGUACAAACCUUACUCUCAUAGUUUCCAAGUAUCCACAUAUUAAGGGUAUUAAUUUUGACCAGCCCCAUGUUAUUAAAGAUGCACCCAUUUGCCCAGGGGUCGAGCAUGUAGGGGGAGAUAUGUUUACAGAAGUUCCUCAAGCAGAAGUUAUUUUCAUGAAGUCCAUGCUUCACGAUUGGGGCGAUGAUCGAUGUUUGAAGCUAUUGAAAGUUUGUCACGAUGCACUGCCGGAGUGUGGCAAAGUGGUACUUGUGGAAGCCGUCGUGCCGGAUUUGCCUGAGAGUGACGCUGUGACAAAGACAAACCUUCAUCGUGACCUUGCCUUGUUUCACAUCCUUCCUGGUGGAAAGGAGAGGACCAAGCAAGAGUUUGAGACAUUGGCAAGGCAAGCUGGAUUCAAUUCUUUGAAGCUUGUUUGUCCUGCUUAUAACUAUUGGGUGAUGGAAUUGUACAAGAAUGUGAACCAUUCUGCUUAAUCAUCGAUCAUCUUCAACCUUGCCAGUUGGAUCAAUAAUCAUCAGCUCCAUGAUGGUCAGCAAUUUUUUUAUUACCUUUUCCCUUUUUUUUUUUAAUAAAAUGUUUAUCAAUAUUGCAUAUGGCUUAGUCAUAGAUCGUUACCUGUCUAGGCUCAAAAGUUUAAUUGUUAUCUUUGUCUUUGUAUUUCCCAAAUUCAGUAAUAAUGG